ACAGCCGAACAUAAUUUUUCACCAUCAAAUUUUUUAUGCCGAUUUAAACGUGAACACUUUCUUCGAGCUCGUAGCUGUCUGGAAAAAACGGAACCGUUAACAUUCUUAAAAUGUGAUCAUGGAUGCCAUGAUGAAUCGGUUAAAAAAGUUGAAAAACAGCAAAGAUUUGCGCCUGGAAAAGUAUUUCGAGAAAAUGAAGUUAGCAGUUAUGAACGUGAAUUAGAUCUGUUAUGUACAUUUCAGGCCUGUUAUCGUCAAUGUGAAAACAUAGUGGUAAAAGAAAGCUGUGAACAACGGGAAGCUGAACUGGCGUUAACACUGAUAUCACAGUAUGUUACCUGGCAUGCUUCUGGUAUCUAUGAUUGGCAUAUCCUAUCGGAUUCGGUGGAAAAAUUUCCGACCAGUUGUCAACAACUUGUUCUACCGUUAGACAAUGAUCCAAUUGUAAAAAUUUUAAACAGUGUUUCUUAG